AUGUAUCUAGCUGGUCCGUUCUCGGGAAGGUUUGUUGACAAGCAUGGUCCUCGAUUACCUCUCCUUGCAGCGAGCGUACUUCUCUUGGUGGGGUACUCGGGCAUGAGGUCCAUUUUCUCAGCUGGCCUUCCUGAAGGCACCGACUCCCUUUCAAACUUCAAGUUAAUCGUCCUGGUAUUGUGCAGCUUCAUGACCGGUGUGGGCGGGAAUGCGGGGUUGAUCACUGCCAUUAAUACCAGUGCGAAGACAUUCCCGGACCGUAUACGUGGAUCUACCACUGGUAUGGUUAUCUCUGGCUUCGGGCUGUCUGCGUUGUUCUUCUCCGCUCUCUCGCAUCUCGUCACUGCGGGUGAUACUGCUUCAUUUCUACUUCUACUUGCGUUGGGGUCAUCCUUCCCCAUGAUACUUGGUUUCUUCUUUGCUAGGCCUAUCCCAUUGCACGCUACUGAAGAGGAUACAGCCUUCACGCGUCGACAGUCAGAGGUUGAUUACACAGAAGUCGAUGGUGUUGCUCUCGCUCCAUCAGUUCUUUCUCAUCACGACAAUGAUAGUAGGACCCAUCUUCUCUCACAUGACAGGGACGACGAGAAUGACGUGGAGGAAGGUCGUGUCAGUAUCGAGUUGAACCCUCCAAGGCCUGUUUCUCCGCGUCUUCCCGAGUCCAAUCCUUCCCUCAGCCAUGAACGUCGACGCCGACGUUCGAGCAGUGUUAGAGCUACCUUAACUUCUGUUGAAGCAGGGCCCAAUCUCUUUGGAAAGAAGCUUUUCGCUUCGAGUGAUUUUUGGUUGUUGGUCUGUAUAUUGUCAUUGCUUAGUGGAACUGGAUUAAUGUACAUAAACAAUGUAGGAUCCAUGUCUCGGGCGUUGUUUGUGCAUGAAGCGAAGAACAGUACGUUAUCGGAUCAGGAUCAAGUGGAUAUCGUGAAAUGGCAGGCCGCACAGGUCUCCACAAUCAGCUUCAUGAACUUCAGUGGAAGGCUUUUUAUCGGAUUCUUCUCCGAUUUUGUCAAGGCCCGUCUCGGACAACCGAGAUCCUUCUUACUCGUGCUUGUGUCUUUCCUGGUUUUGCUUUCUCAGAUCACCGCAAUGACCGUAGACAGACUGGAAGAUUUAUGGAAAGCAAGCACCCUGUUAGGACUGGGAUAUGGAACAGUUUUCUCCCUUUUCGCGGCCCUGUGCGUAGAAUGGUUUGGCUUGGCACACUUUUCGGAGAACUGGGGAUAUUUGUCACUCGCUCCGCUGUUGGGAGGAAAUGUUUUCUCUGUCGCAUUCGGGAGAAAUCUUGAUGCUCAUGAGAAAGCAGCCUCUCCUGGACCAACUUCUGACACGAACAUUCUUGACGCCCCUAGGCCACCAAAAGAGAUCCAAUGUCUGGAUGGGAAAACAUGUUAUGUCGAUUCCAUUCGAUUAACAACUGUAGCCUGUUUAGUCGCGAUGGGGUUAAGCAUAUGGGCUGCAUGGAGAGACAGGAAGCGGCAUUACAAAGAGGCGCAGAAUACCGCCGAUAGUAGACCGGAUAUAGUUUGGGAAGCAGACGAGUCGUAG